AUCAUGGAAAUGAAUUAUGACAUCAUAAAGAGCUGUUUGUUGUCCAUGUUACCAUGGAAACAAAGUGCGAAGCCCUGAGGAACUAAUGAAACCAGGGCAGAUGAGUGGUUAGAAAUACUGAGCCAACACUAAAUAUCUGUGUUCAGGAAUGUUGGCCCGGAUCCGACCUCUUGUUGUUCUAUCAGAACUCUUUCGGUUCGUCUGGUUUCCACAGAAGAACACAGACGCUGGCUCGGGUCCAAACCGCUUCCAGGGAACCGCAGGAGUUCUGCUGCUGUUUCACUUCAACUGAUCUGAGCAGCAGCUUUAGGACGGACAGAGAGACAGAGAAAAUGUUUGCAGGUGAAACCAGCGCCAUGGUGAAGAACGUGGGAGCGGAGGAGAAGCUGAUCUCCAACUCCAACCUGAACCAGAAGGUGGAGCUGCUGACCCUGGUCCGGGUCAGCCAGGGCAGGUUCUUCAGUUACCCCAAGUACACGCCGGUGGACUGCACCUUACCAGAGCUGCUGGAGGACGACAACUUCUCUCCAGAGGUUGAAGAAGAACUGCUGGUGAAGGACUUCAAGACGUCGGUGAAGAGCAGCGAGAGCGGAGAGCUGGGCGCAGGAGAGGAAACGGUUGGCGAAGCGGCGAUCUCUGCAAAGUCUGACUCUGUGGACGGCCUGGUGGAGCCGGUCAGCAUCAAGAAGAAGAAAGCCAACCUGAAAGGCGUGAGGAAGACCUUCAGCGGCAAGAAGCUUGAAAAAGGAAAGAUGAAGCUGCUGAAGAUGAAGGAAAAGGACAAGCUGGCCUUUGUUCAUGAGACGCUGUACAACACCGGACCUGUGAGGAUGACCCGGACGUCUACUCAGGACGGGUCCAUUUCAGCCAAAUACCAGAAGUUCCUGAAGCUGCUGGUCAAGGGCAGCAGGACGGAGGAGACGGCCUUCACCGUCCCAGAGAAAUCCACCUUUGCGUUUGGACUCCAGGAGAUCUUGUGGGACAACGAGACGAUCGAAAUCCCACUUGAAUCCUGGACUCACAGGCAGAACCUGAGCCUGUUCACAUAUGACAGCGUUGAUCCAGAUCAGCUGCAGGAGGUCAGAGAAGGUAACAGGAACAAACGUUGAGAAAACCUGAAUAUUUACCGUUUUUACCGAUGUGAAGCUGGUUCAGAAGAACUGGUUUUGAUUGGACCUUGUCCAUCGGGACAACCUGAUUGGUCAACAGGAAACUGGGUGGGUCGUCUGGUUGAUGCUAAACUGGUUCAGAUCUUAAUGGGACCAGUUAUGUCUUCUUAAUGAUUUAGUUUGAUCAUAUUUAAUUAAGUUUAUCAAUAAAAUAUCAACAA